AUACCUCAAACAACAUUCUGUGGCAGAUGAAACACUGUGCAGCUUUGCCUUUCACUACCACGCCAUUUUCAGAGAUAGUUUUUAUGUCAGGGAGGCUUUACUCACAUGUUAGCGGCUGUUAGCGAGUUAGCUUGCUAACAUGGAGCAGUGGCUCUUGGCGCUUCAGUGUUUUCUGACGUGUGGCGUUAACGCAGUUUAUCUGUUUGGAGGAUAGUUUAACAGUAAUACAGGGAAUAAGAUAAUGUUAAUUACUUUCCGCUGUGUUAAAGUCAUAAUUUUAAUGAUUCUACCAGUCUGAGCCAGAGAUACAGCCUUUCCAAUGGGACGCAGAAAGUCAAAGAGAAAGCCGCCCCCGAAGAAGAAAAUGACGGGGAACCUGGACACACAGUUCACGUGCCCCUUCUGUAACCAUGAGAAAUCCUGCGAUGUCAAAAUGGAACGAACCCGCAACACAGGGAUCAUAUCGUGCAGCGUUUGCUUGGAGGAGUUCCAGACUCCAAUAACCUAUCUGUCUGAGCCUGUGGAUGUUUACAGUGAUUGGAUCGACGCCUGUGAAGCAGCCAAUCAGUAGUCACGUUUCCCCUCGUAGAUAUAAAGAUGUAGAGUCACUGCUUUCUCUGGUGAUAUGUCACUGUAGCUGCCAUCUUGGUACAGAGAAACCUUUUAAUGCGCACACAGCUGGUGACAACUGAGAGGACAAACCCCCACCCAGCAGGGCCGAGUCUCCAGAGCCUUGUCAGGUCUCCUCUGUCUGAGGGAGGAAACGUCCUCCUUCCAAACCAGAUCCCCUCACUGUGUCGUUCACUGGUAG